UUCUUAGUUCUUUGAUUUUGCUCGAGGCUAUUCUUUUCCUGUUUUGACCAGUUUGGGGAAAUGAAAUCUCUUGUUCCACUUCUCUUUCUAUCUUUACAUCAUCAUCUGGACAUUUCACGCAUAAAAGAAAGUUCAGAUUCUUAAAGCCUGGCAGCCAUGUUCAUUUUAUCCUCUGUGCAAAGGGUUGAGUUUUUGGCUCUUGUUCUGAGCGACGGACUUGAAGUCGUUCCUCUCGACCAAAUGUCUUCAACUUGUUGUUGCAUAGACAACAAUAACUAAAUUAACCUUAUUUUCUUUUCAAAGCGACGAAAAGCAUCAACACUCUCUCAUAGUCUAUAAGUACAUUCAAAUGGGUUUUUUAAAUUGGUAGUGAUCAGUAUUCUGUUUUUCUACAUUCAUACUUAUAGCACAGCAACACCAAUACAUACAAUGUUUUCAUGCAAAGCCGCAGUUUGGCUGCUAAAGAGGAUCCUUGAAUCCUCCCUGUAAGAGCUUCCAUAUAUGAGAUGUUGAGAAACUGUCUAUAUCAAACUAUCCUGUGCAAUAUGGCGAUACGGGUGAUUUAUUUCCAUUUCAAUUCCGAUAUCACUGCAAAUGAAUGAGAGUGCGUGUAUAUAGCGAUUGUUAAUUGUAAAUUAGAGAGCCAUAAGAUAACAACAACAAUGUAAAUGAAUCCUAGAAAUAAAUAUGCUUGGGUUAAACUUGCAAUUAAGACCUGCACACUUUGACCGACCCCCUCUCUCUACAGAACAUCCUUCCAUCUUAAGAUCCAAAUCAAAUUUAUGGUCAGACAUUGCAAUUAAAAAGAUAACCCAACAAUUUCCCUUUAACCAUUUUUGAGCCUUCGAGUCAUGCACGAAAAAACCAGUGGGCUUAUGAUCCAUCAAAUGAAGUGCAGACAUAUUUUGUGGGAGCUACAGACCUGUGCUGGAAAAUACAGAGUCAAUGCAUACAGUUAUGUGUUGCCGUUGCAUUUGCUGAAUAACGAGAGAAAACGAGGCGUCACAACUGUAUGUGAAAACCCCCCCGUCGACAAAAAUCAUUGAACCUGUAUCUGUAUUAUCGAUCAGGAGCCAAUCGUAGUGAAGGGUUUGUUUUGGGGAGGAGCCGCGUGUUAAGUGCUUGUAGGUAUGGGAAUGAUGCUGAAAACCAAACUGUGCUGCCCUGUGGGUGCUGUGAUUUGAAAAGGGACGGCUGCUCCAUCACCAAAACCUCCAUCACCUCAGUGUGACUACUCUCAAAGGGUGCAGAUCCCCAGUCAUGAAGGUCCAGCAGAAGCUCCUCUCCCUGUGGGUGUUGCUGUUGCUUAUGGCAGCACUGUGCCCACAUCUUGUCGACAGUAAGCGUGGAGGCUUCUUCAAGGGUCGAGGAAAAGGCGAUGACGAUAAACCGCCUCCCUCCAAAAGCAAAGGCCUCUCCAAGAAGGGCCUGAAGUUGGCAGGAGCAGCAGCAGCAGCCGGCAUCCUGGGGGGCACGGGCACCGGGUACGGGCUGGGGUUCCUGGGCAAGAAGAAGCAUCAUGGGGGUCAUCACGGCCACAAGUCUUCCUCUGAGAAAGAUCAGCGGCCUCAUCACGACGAAGGCCAAGGACAUCAGAACCCGUCCCUGUGGAAGUCCUUGGUCAACACGGCCGCACCCGCUCACCCGACUAACAUCUUUCUCACAGUCGGACAAGUGGCGUCUUUCCUCGUUGCAGCCUGGAUAGCAGAUAUUUAAUCUAACCUCGGAUCAGUGGGAUGAAGCGUCCGAUCAAAUCAAAUAAAUGCUUGUUUGACUAAGCUAUCCUCCCUGUCCUCUCUGAUUUAAUAUGAGAUGAUUAAAUUGGUCCAAGCUUCAACUUAAAAUUGUUCUAUAUGCCUUAUGUGAAUGCAGACCCAUAGCAACUUAAGUUAUGUCUGCAGUAAUUUAUCUGGGAUGUCAGGGGGAGGAUACAUUCUGCCAUUAAAAAUGCACUGUGGUGGUUAUUUUAC